GGGUCUCCGCGAAAAGCGCCAAGAUGGCGGCAGUGGGAUCCUGCGCCUCGGGCUCCGGGACUACUGGGUCUGUGGGGGCGGCAGCAGCCAGCAAAAACGUCACCAGUUUCCAGAGGAAGGGUCCUAGAGCCAGCGGUACCGACAGCGGCGGCUCUCGACUGGUGUCUAUUGCAGGCACACGACCGUCGGUGCGGAACGGACAGCUGCUGGUAUCAACCGGGCUCCCAGCCCUGGACCAGCUCUUAGGUGGAGGUUUGGCUGUUGGAACAGUUCUUCUGAUCGAAGAGGAUAAAUAUAAUGUUUAUUCUCCUUUGCUCUUCAAGUAUUUUCUGGCGGAAGGAAUCAUCAAUGGGCAUACUUUGUUGGUUGCAUCUGCAAAAGAAAACCCUGCUGACAUUUUACAGGAACUUCCUGCACCGUUACUUGAUGAUAAUUGUAAAAAAGAAUUUGAUGAAGAUGCGGGGGAUCAUAAAGCACCGGACUCUAACAUUAAGAUGAAAAUAGCUUGGCGUUAUCAGCUGUUACCCAAGAUGGAGGCUGGACCAGUAUCAUCGUCAAGAUUUGGUCACUAUUAUGAUGCAUCAAAAAAAAUACCACCAGAACUACUUAAGGCUUCAAAAUGGCAUGGAUUUUUUCUUCCAGAAAAAGUACCUUCAACUGUUAACAUAGAGCCCUGUUCUCUGACCCAUGGCUACAUCGAGCUGCUUCGGUUUAUCCAGAAAGUCAUUUAUGAGGAAGGAUUUGAUGGAUCCAAUCCCCAGAAAAAACAGAAGAACAUUUUGAGAAUAGGAAUCCAGAGUCUCGGCUCGCCUCUGUGGGGAGAUGACGUUUGCUGCACACAGCACUGUGCCAGCAGUCACAGCCUCACAAAAUUCCUCUACGUUCUCCGCGGUCUCCUGCGAACCUCGCUUUCAGCCUGCAUCAUCACCAUGCCUACACACCUCAUCCAGAAUAAAGCAAUCAUUGCUCGUAUUACAAACUUGUCAGAUACAGUAGUUCAUCUGGAGUCAUUUAUCGGUUCUGACAGAGAAACCAACCCGUUGUAUAAGGAUUAUCAUGGUUUGAUUCACAUACGGCAGAUUCCUCGGCUUAAUAACUUGAUUUGUGACGUGUCAGAAGUCAAAGACUUAGCUUUUAAAUUAAAAAGGAAGUCAUUCACCAUUGAGCGGCUGCAUUUGCCUCCAGACUUGUCAGACACAGUGAGCCGCUCAAGCAAACAGGAUCUGGCAGAACCCGCCAAGCUGCCGGGCCCAGGCUGUGGCAUGACGGCCGGAGGCAAGAAGCACCUGGACUUCUAGCGAUUCCUCCUUAGCCGUUGCACGCAGAAUUCUAUGACACUCUAAUUAUGAUUGCUAAUGGCUUAUGUAAAUAUUUUUCUUAACGAUUUGACCCUCCAGUUCUUGAAAAACACAGGAUUGCAAAAUGAGGCCACCAUUCCUCAUUUUUUUAAACCACAUUUUUGUACAGAAACAGUUGCAGCACAGAUACUUUCAUUUUAACAUUUGUUUUAUGCUAUAUCUAAGGAGAAUGAGGUAAUUUUAUUUUUAAAUAAAAGCAAUUAAAUGUCAAAAAUUCAAGGUGCCUUCCAGUGGUCAUCCGUGCACAUAUAUGAAGCACUUAGCUCACAGUAAAGUGCGUGCCGCAGGGGUAGUGUAUAAAGCACUAGGAAAUUCAAAAUUGCGUCUGAAAAACAUAUUUUCUCUUUAUUUCUGAAAAAGUCACUUGCCACCAAAAAUGCUAAGGUUUUUAAAACAUGGAAAAAUUUGUUUGCUGAUAUAUGAAGACUAGUAAAAUAAAUUUGCAUUUAUGCAUCCUAUUAUUAAAUUGCUGAAGACAAAAUAAUAUAUUGGGAUUAAGACUCCAUUAAAGAUCAUUAGUUUGCUAUAAUAGUUAAAAAAUAUAAAGAACUUGAGUGAUAGAAAGCAUAGAAAAAGAAGUUGAUGGUCUUCUGUUCAGUAAUCCUAAACAAUUGAAGUCAGCACUAUGAAAUUAUGUCAACACACAUAAUUCAGGGUUGAAAUUCAAACUGACAGCUAUAUUAAUGCUAGAAUACUGGGAAAAACAUGUAUUGAGGCUUGGUGAGAGAUUACAGAACAUAGGUUUGAGACAAAGUAGAAAACUGAAGCUAACUCAGCUUCGCGUUGCAUCAGGUAAAUCCUUUGUUAAUUAUAAACAUUGGUCAGGCGUUUACAUUUAUAACAAUGUAAUCAUGUCUUUUGGAGUUUAUAGCAUACUGACCCAGUUUUCAUAUAAAACACUGGUUUUUUCAUUAUAGUUUCAUAUUCUCAAAGCUUCUGUCGAAUAGUAAACAGAAUAUUUUUUUAAGUAAUUUGUACAUUUAAGUAAAAGUUUCAAUUUUUAAAAAGCUGUUUAACAUCUGUUAGGAGAACCUGAAUUUCCAAAAUACAUUUGCAAAUGUGUUAGAAUAUUUUGAAGCAGUUAUAACUAGCAUUUUAAGCAGUUUGCUUUUAAUAUACCACAAAUUAUCCUUUAUUUGUUCUUGACAACAUUGUAGAAAACAAAGACUAGGUUUUUAAACUGUCUAACCAAUAUGAUGAAUGUCAGUCACUUUAAAAAAAAAACCCACUGUAGCAUAAACACAUACUGUAUACAGCUUUUAUUCAGAAUUGGAAUAAUUGAAUCAAUGACAGUGAUUCACCAGGAUGUCAAAUCUCUCCAUCAUAUCCUGUCACUACCAGUUUACUUUUUGUGAUCAAAAUCAAAAAGACAACUAUUUUGUCACCCACUAUUUCAUUAGUGCUAAAAACCAGGUUUCUUCUAUUUUUUUAGAAUGUCUGGUUUAUUUUUUUCACUUCUUUUAAUUCAAGAGACACAAAUUCUUCCCCAUUUUCAUUUCAAAAUAAAGUUUCAGAAUUGAUCUGUCAGUUAAAAUUAAAGGGCUUUCAUAUUAAGCAGAGGUGCUUUUAAAAUGUAAAGCAACUUCAAAAAAAUCAAUUUAGUCCAUAGAUAAUAAAUAAUGUGCAGAUACUCCACAAAAGCUUUGCUGUAUCUUUUAAAAGCAUUAUGAACAAUCUGAAUAAAUUCAAAUGAGUAUUUUAGUCACGUUGUUAUUUUAAUAACUCUCACCUUUUUCUUACUGUGUUGUGACUCAUUUAAACAAACACACAACAGAACAAUGACAUAACAUGUGACUGUGAAAAUAAAAUGUGAGGUCAUCAGAUAUGCAAAUUGCUUGUCAAAAAUACUUAAUAGGUCAUUGAUUUACUGCCUCCCAUGUCUAUAAAAUUAACAGCCAAUUACUAGUUAAUAGAUGCUUUGCAAGUAGAUAAAUACUAUAAAAAUUAAAUGUGCAUAUUUGAUCCCAACUUAUUUUAAAUAUAAAAGAAACUUUUCAAACUCAGUAGAAGUGCAUUUUGAACAGUAAUGGCACCUGAUUUUUUCCCAAAAACCAGAUGCAAGUGCUUUGUUGUUCUGAUUCACUAGGCAGGGUUUGCAAAAACUAGCUACUGAAGAGGGGUGUAUAUUUUUGUUCUCUUCCCAUAAAAACCCACUCAGAAAAUGUGUUUCCCUUCCUUCUGGAAACGUUAUCAAUUCUCCAUGUGUUAAUAACUUACUACAUAAAAAUAUUGGCCUUCAAUAAUGCUACUGUAGGUAUAUAGACCAUUUUGAUACAUUAUGAAAUAUAUACUCAAGAAACAGAUUUUUUUUCCAAUUAUCAGCUUAUCUCAAAGAUAUAAAUACUUAAAUAAGAAUGCCAAACAUACUAUUUGAAAUGUCCUUAUAUUGUUUAAAUGUUUCUAAAAUUUCAAAACCCUUUAUGGUAUUCAUUUCUUACACUAGACUUGCCCUUUUUAAAAUGAGGUAAAUAUUUUGCUGCAGUCUGCUCAGGUGCUGGAGCUUGGGGACCUUAGGAAUUUCUUUUUAGGAGCCACCAAUUUCCACUCUCCUUUUUCUCUCUUCCAUGUAUUUUUAUCUCCACCUCCAGGAUCCGUGAUUACUAAUGGUAGACAAAAUAAAACUACUUCAAAAGGAAAAAACACUCAGCAGUUGAUUCCCUGUCUAUCUUUUAAUUUUAAAGAAUCAGACACAGGCAUCCACAUACAAAAGGAAAAGGGGGGUGACCCCUAUUCAUUUUUUAAGUCCAUUAGGAAUGUCAUUCCUAACACAUGUUAAUGCUUUCCAAAGAUAUUCACCGUCCACGUCGAGGAAUUUAAGCAGCACUAACCCUAAGUACUUAUACUCUGAACUUUAAAACUGAGCAGUGAAAUUAUUCAGAACGGACACAAAACAAAACAAAAGAAACAAGUGAGAGGUUUAUUCCUGAGAAACAAAAAAAAAGGGAAAAAUUUGUGUUUGGUCUUGGUGUGCCAAACACACAAAAAAGAAAAGCUGCCUUCUUAUAUCUUGUUAUCAUUAAGGCCCAGAGUAAAAACAACCAGAAAAAUAUAGGCACCACCCUAAGAUGACAAAAAC